AUGGCGCACGAUAUCGCCAUGGAGAACACAACGCACAUCGCUAUCAUGGACCCCUACUACAUGACUCCAACUGUCGCCCAGACCGAACAAGCGUUUCUCGCCAACUAUAUCAAGAAUUUCUUGGUGUUAAACAAGGAUAAGAGUUGCUUUGUCAUACCAUAUUUCCGCGAUUUCAAGUAUUGCACCCUCCUCCUCUUUUACCCGUAUCAUUCCGAUGUCACUUAUCUCGACUCCGGGCUUGAUAAGGAGAAAGACUUCACCGACCUUAAGUCUACACUUGAUAAAGCCCUCAGCGGCUUCAUAGCUGAGGUUGGCGUCAACAAACUCAGGCAUGAGAAGAAAGUUAAGGGUUGCCAUGUGUGCAACCACAUAACCAAGUUCCCCUGCCUAAAGCAAUCGGCGGAUGACAAUGGGAUGGAGGCAUGGUUUGCCAUCCUACAGAUGAGGGCGGUUGUAAGGUCUCGAACGAUCUCUUGUUGCCAUCUCGCUCUGCAGGGAAGUUCGUGA